CCCCACCACGGCCAGAUCAACUGGAAGUGGAACGCCAAGCUGAUUAAAGUCCUCUCCACGCUGCUCGAGUCCACGGAGUACAUGCACAUCCGCAACGCCCUCACUCUGCUCUCCCGCGUCGCUGCGGUUUUCCCCGUCACCAAGCGCGGGGGGCUCGUCAUCGAACGCAAGGUGAAUCGCCUCAAGACGGAGGAGCGUCAGGAUCUGAAGCUCAUGGCCACCAGUGUGUCGGCUGCGCUCAAUGCCAAGAAGCAAUCGUGGGUGACUGAUGAGGAGUUCGGAGGAGCGCCUGCUCCCUCUGCCACUCCUCGCGCCGCCUCCCCUGCUCCUCUUGCUGUCUCUCCUGCUGCCGCCACCGCCACUACCACCGCUGCUGUCGCUCCGGCUGCUACUGUCACACCCUCAGCUGCUGCUGCUGGGCGCACUGCUGAGGUUGGUGCUGCUUCCGCUGCUCCUGCUGCUGCUGCUCCUGCUGCUGUUGCCGGUGGUGGUGGUGUUGGUGCUGGUGGGAUUGGAAAGGCUGCUGUUUCUGCCGCUGCUGGUAGUGCCGGUGCUGCUGGCGUCCCUGCUGCUGCUGCUCCCUCUGCCCCUUCUAGUCGCCACCCCACCCCUCCGCCCUCUCGCCGGUCCUCCAUGCCCCCCCUUCCCCCGAGCGCCUCGCCUCCAAGUCCCCCCUCAUCCACGGGGGAAUGGGGGGAGGGGAAGGAAUGCGUGGGGAGAGGCGGGAGGGUUUAGGGGGAGGUAAGCGCGAAGCAGGAGAGGAGAGGGAAGGGGAGAAGGAGCGGGAGAGGGAUGUGAAGGUUAAAGGAGAGGAGGGUGGGUUUAGAGGGCCAGUUGCAUCUGCUCCUGCUGCUGCUGCUGCUGGUGCCGGUGCUGCUUCCCGUGCUGCUGUCGCUGAAGUUGCUAUAAAGGAGGAGCCUUUAACGAGGACAGUGGGACUGACGCACGAGAGGAGGGAGGAGCAGUGGGAGGAGGGGGAGCAGCCACCUCCCGCAAAGCAUAGAAAGGUGGAUGGAGGAGUAGAGGGAGAGAGAGGGGGGCGAGGAGGAGCAGGAGUGAGCGAAAGAGGAGGGGGGGUUGGAGGAGGUGGGGGGAAGGCAGGGAGCAAGCUUUCCCCAGAUGCUGCUCCCUUCGUUCCCGCAGCACAUAGAGGGGGAAUGGGAGGGGCAGAGGGAGAGAGGGUGAGGGAAAGGGAGAUAGAGAUGAAGGGGGGAAGAAGGGAUGAGGAAGUGAGGGAGGGGAGGGAGAAGGAGAGGGAAAGGAGGGGGUCUGGAGGGAGUGGUAGGCACGAGGAAAGGGCAGGGAGGGGGAGAGGAGAGGAGGAGGAGAGAGGAUCCGAUGAAGGCAAAGGGAAGGGUGGGAAAUUGGGAUUCGGGGGUGAGGGGGCAGGUGGCAGGGAGAGCUUGGGUGUUGGUGGGUCUGGUAAGUGGGGCUUUGAGGAGAGAGAGGAGCAUGAGGCUGGGGAGGUGAGGGGGGAGGGAAGGGGAGGGCAUAAGGGGAGGGAGAGUGAUGGGGCGGAGAAAGGAGGGGGGAGAGAUGUGGUUGAGAGGGGGAAGAGAGGGGAGCGGGAGGAUGGGGAGAGGUAUGUGAGCGGGGGGAGGGAUGAGAGGAGUGAGAAGACAGAGAAGGUGGAGGUGAAGGGUAGGGAGAGGGAGAGGGAGAGGGAGAGAGAGGAAAGGGAUGAUGAUCAGUUAAGAGGGUCUGGUUUUGAAAAAGAAAGGGAUGUGGAGGCAGGGAGGGGAAGAGAGAGAGAAGGGAGAGAGAGGGACAGGGUGAAGGAGAGGGAGAGGGAUGAUAAGGGACGGGACCGGGGACGAGGGGAGAGGGAAAAGGAUCGUGAGGCGGAGAGGGAGGAGAAAGAGGGGCGGGAGAGGGACAAGGGACGCGAGAGGAACCAUGAGGAGGAGCGGGAAAGAGAGAAGGUAAAGCUGAGGGAGCGGGCAGUAGAGGAGAAGGAAGAGAAGGAGAAGGAGGAGAGGAUGCGAGAAGAGAGAGAGAGGCUGAGGGCUCGACUAGAGGAAGACAAGCUGGAGAGAGAGAGGGAGAGGGAGAAGGAGAGGGAGAGGGAGAGGGAGAGGGAGAUGGGGAAGGAGAAGGGGAGGGAGAGAAGCAAGGCGGCUGCAGUGGCGGCUGUUGCUGCGGCUGCUGCCGCCACUGCUGGUCGGAUUGCUGGUGGUGGGGUAGGCGGAGGAGAGGGGAGUGGAGAGAGAGGGCCAAGCGGUGUAAGGGCGGUGGUUGGUGGUGGGGAGCGGGGGGUGAAGCGAGCACGGAAGAGUGAUGGCGAUGCAGAGAGGGAGAGAGGCAGGGAGGAGAGGGGGAGGGAGAAGGAGAGGGAGAGGGAGAGAGACAGGGAGGAGAGGGGAAGGGAGAAGGAGCGGGAGAGGGAGAGGGAGAGGGGAGAGGAGACGCCAAGGUCUUAUGAGCGGGAGGGCAGAGGGGAAGGGAGAGGAGGGGAGCGUAGCAGUGGAGGUAGGGGAGGGGACAAGGGGGAGUGGAGUGAGAGGGGGAGUGUGGAGAGGGGAAGGGGGAGAGACAUGGAGGAUACCGGGUUUGGGGUGGAGGGGCGUGGGGACGUGCACGAGUGGGGGGAGAGGGGUGGUGGCACUGGUGUGCGGGAGAAAGGAGGGUCCGAUCGCAAAGGGGACAGGGAGAGGGAGAAGGAGAGAGAAAGGGAGAAGGGAAGGGAGAGGGAGCGAGGGCAGGUUGACAGCACCCCGGAGAGAGAAGUGAAGGAGGAGAGGGUUGGAGGGCGUGAGAGGGAGGCAGAGCACCUGAAGGAGAGGGAGAGAGAGAGGGAGCGGGAGCAUGAGCGUUCGACAGUGAAAGACAGGCUGGGUGAGAGAGGCAGAGGUGGGAGGGAGAGAGGGGAGAGAGGAGAGAGAGUGGGCGGCAAAGAGGAGCUUGGAACGGAGCAGGACCGCGCAUAUGAGAAGGACAGGGGUGAGAAGGAGCGUGGGGAGAGGGAGCGCAGUGAGAAGGAACGUGGUAUUCUUCCGGAGCGAAGCAUUGAGAGGGGAGGGGGGUUCCGCGUGGUGGUGCGGGAUGUGGGGGAGGAGGGGAGGGAGGAGGGGCAUGCGCUGAGGCAAGGAGCGGGGCAGGGGCUUCGCCACUCACUUGUUGUUGGUGUGACUGUACCUGCUCCUGCAGGAGGCCUUAUUCACGAGCCACGUGAUCGAGACCGCGAUUGGGAGAGAGAGCACGACUGGGACCGGGACGAGCGUGACCGGGACAGGGACAGGGAUCGGGACCGGGAGAGAGAGCGGGACCACCUGCAUGACCGGGAGAGUUAUCGCGAGCGGGAUCGCUCGCCAAGGGAGAGCAAGUUCUCCUCUGCGCCGCCUCCAAGGGAGCUCCAGGGCAUGUCUGCCAUGCCACCACAGCCUCCUGCGCUUGCUUCGCAGCUUGUUCCACCUGGCUCCGCGGCUGCUCUCCCUGCAAAACGCAGGAAGAUCAAGCGGGAUCAAAGCCUCAUGCAGCCGCAUGGCGAUGCCAUGCAUGCACCAGGCAGGGCUGGAUCCCCUGUGGCUGCCAUUGCAGCAGGCGGGCCCUCAGCCAUGCCAAUGCCACUUGCUCCUCCCUUCCACUCUGGAGGCGUUCAUCCGUCCUCUCGGGCGCCCCCUGUGGUUAUGGCGUCUGGGAGUGGCCACCGGGGUGGACCUUUGCUUCAUGUGACUUCAACGCUUGAUGACCGUGGGGACAGGCGGUGGCUUGCUGACGCUGGUGGCAGUGGCGGUGGUGGUGGCAGCAGGAGAAUUGCCGAGGUUGAGUUGCCGCCUUCACGUGGCGCAGGGCCUGCUAGGAGCUCCAGGCUUGCUGGCAGGCUAGGGGAACAGGAUGGUGGAGUCGGAGGGAGCUACGAUCGUAGUGGUCCAGGUCAAGGAGGUGGGGUGCGGGACGAGGCGUGGGAUGAUGACAAGGCACGAAGAGAUGGGCGGAUGAGUAAUAGACGCCAUCGCUGAGCGAGAUCUUCAGCCGUUGAACAGUGGACCAAUGUUGGAGUUGGGACUGGCGUGCUUAUAAUUGAGUCAUCGCAUGAUCAUGGUACUAUAAUGUGGAUGUGUCUGAACUGCAUCCAUGCUUGUGAAUGCUGUUACAAGUGGAUACGGUACUAGAGCACUACUGGAAAGUAUCACUGUUAGAUUCGCUAAAUCUGUAAGGCCAUUUGAACCAGAUAAUGCUGGGCUGCUUUACAAG